CCCACUCUUGCGCAACCAUCGCUGAUGGCUCCCGAGCAGCCUAAAUCAGAGAAGGAACUGGCAGAGCGACGCAAUAAACUGGUGAGAAGGAUUUGUAUCUCAUCCUUCUUCAGCGUUUGCCAGCACUUUAUUUUUGCUCAGUCAGAGCCGCGGCUCUUCCUGAGCCUUUGCAAUAAGGACUCUUUUUCCCACCUGCAGCUAUGGAAUGCUACGGAUCCCACUCUGGAGGAUGCAGCCAGUGCGACACGCAUUCUCGGCAACACAUCAGGCAUUGCAGGAUUGCUGAGUUUGGUCGUCAACCAAGCUGGGGGGAAACUCUCUGAUUACAUAGGGCGGAAGCCUGGCUUUCUGAUUGGCCCCAUGAGCAAUGUGGUGCUGGGAGUGCUUGUAGUGCUGAACCCGCUUAAUCGGCCUCUCAUAGCCGUUUGCCGUGUCCUCCGCUUGAUUCUCACAACCUUCUCGAAUACUGUCAUGUGCACUGCAGCUGUCGCAGAUGUUUGUUCAAGCAGCGACUUGGCGCUUGCAAUGUCGCGGAUGCAGACAGCCACUGGUUUGGCCAUGCUGCUUACCCCAUUCAUUGAGGGCAGGAUUUUGCACCUUUCGCCGUGGUCACCGCAUGGCAUCAAGUACGUGUAUGCCGCAAAGGCAGCCAUUGCAGCUGUGCAUGCGGUUUUCGUGGCCACCCUGUUGGAGGAGACUUUGGACAAGUCCAACAGGGCCACUGCCAAAAUGACCCUGGACAUGAUCAAUCCUUUUGGCUUUGUCCGGAUAUUCUCUGAAGGUACACAGGCACUUCGGAAGCUUGUCAUGAUCACUACCUUGCAGAUGUUCAUAGAAGGCAAGAACCUGAGCGACGUCAUCCAGGCAUGGAUUCGAGAUCAUCUCAAGUGGUCAGUCACACAGGUGAGGAAUUUCAUUGUGGCGUAUGGAAUGCUUUGCACGGCAACUGGCCUGUCAGCAACUCCUUGGAUGCUUCGAAAUUUCAGCCCACGAGGAUUCACUACCAUCACAAACCUGCUGAACUUUUUUGCCUUCACCGCACGGGGGCUCUCACCUAGCUCGUGGCUCUUUUUGUCAAUGAUGGUUCCAAUGCUGCCUGGCGUAAAUGGUGCUAGUGCAACGGCCUUGAAGGCUGUGGCACAGGACAUCGCUGCCAACCAGGGCUUUGGAAAGGGCGAGUUCUCUGCCUGGGUGAACAACUUGAGAGCAUUCUCGGGCUCAGUGGCCCCAGUCGUUUAUGGGCAGGUGUAUGCAGCAGCCCAAAACCGAGGCAGAAAUCCCGGUCUCACAUUCUUCUUGGCUGGGAUUUUGGGUGCUUUGCUUCCUCAGGCAAUGCUGCACUAUGUCACCGACAGUGACAUGGUGGCUUGAUGCUUCAGAGUCCUCAGGAUCCAAAUGUGUUGGAAGAAUACGUCAAAGUUAUAAUAUGUUAUAAUGCCGACAGAUCGUGAAUGAAAUCAGCACAUCAAAUUCUAAA